UGAGUUGAAGCUUAGGUGACUCAUGACAAUUUAUGAUUAUCUAGCUGUGCCAGUUUCAAGGUCUUUGUCACAGUGUGAGCAGACAGAUACUGGGACACACUACCAACUAUCAUUAAGGUCAAAAUGACUGCUGUGAAACAGUGACAGCAACACUUGAACCUAGUGGAACUUACCGUAUGGUGUCGGAGGAGGAGCAGGCUCUCAGGUCCAAGCUGGAGCGUCUCACCGUAAAGGACCACGGGCCAGUGUUUGGACCCUGCGCCAGCCUGCCAGACCACACCAAGCAGAAGGCCAAGGACGAGCUGAACGAGACGGAUGAGAAGAAGGUGGCGGCAGUGAAGGAGCUGCGAGGAAUUAUUAAGGAGAAGGCAGAGGGAGGCGAUGACCUGGCCAAGGGGGUGCAGGACACCUUUGGGGAGAAGCCGGACAGUUUGCUUGUCCGCUUCAUCCGCGCCAGGAAGUAUGACGUGCCCAGAGCCUUCGAGCUCAUGAAGGGUUACGUGCGUUUCAGGAAGGAUUACCCCGAGCUGUUUGAGAAUCUGACCCCAGAGGCCGUUCGCAGCACCAUCGAGGCCGGCUACCCCGGCAUCCUGCCCAGCAGAGACAAAUACGGCCGCGUGGUUCUGCUCUUCAACAUCGAGAACUGGGACUACGAGGAGAUCACUUUUGAUGAGAUCCUUCGCGCCUACUGUGUGAUCCUGGAGAAGCUGCUGGAGAACGAGGAGACUCAGAUCAACGGGUUCUGCAUCAUCGAGAACUUCAAGGGCUUCACCAUGCAGCAGGCGUCAGGAAUCAAACCCACCGAGCUCAAGAAGAUGGUGGACAUGUUGCAGGAUUCAUUCCCCGCCCGUUUCAAAGCUGUGCACUUCAUCCACCAGCCCUGGUACUUCACCACCACUUACAAUGUGGUCAAACCCCUCAUGAAGAGCAAGCUGCUAGAGAGAGUGUUCGUCCACGGAGAUGAGUUGGAGAACUACUACAAGGAGUUUGAUGCCGAUAUCCUGCCCUCUGAAUUUGAUGGAAAAGGUUCCAAGUACGAUGGCAAGGCCACAGCAGCCAAGCUGUUCGACUAAAUGUCCUGCCUCUCUUUGCGCCAACCAGGCGGAGAGCCGAUAUAUAUUACAAAACCCCCAUAGACUGUCAAGACUUAAAGCCCACUGUAGCGGUGUGGGUGGAAGAAAAAAAAGUAAUGAAUGAAGUGUAUGGGAGCUCCAAGUGAUGUUGUUUUCAGUGCUCCUGCUAAAGCACAACAUAACAGGCAGCCUCAUCCUAAAUCACAAUCUAAUCUCCAGUACUGUGUCAGCUCUUUGGUUGACACUCCAUACUGUAUACAUGUACUUGAUUGUUUUUCAGACUGAUUAAUUGUCUCCCAGGCAACACUGACUUCAAUUCACACCAACUUGGUGUGAAAAUCAGCCAUCUUAGUCUUAAGACUGGAUUGAAACUGGAAAUUCCUCAUGAUGAACAUUUCAGCACCUUUAUUUUGUAAUUUUCACACAUUUAAUCAGCUUUGGGCAGAGGCUGUUUUGACACUCGUGUUCAUGGAAGCUCUGAUAUUGAAGUUUUGACAGUUUGCUGGUGAACAGCAAAACUUUUAUUACACCAAGUUACCAAAUGUACAAUAUCAUUUUUGUUUAAUAUGUCUUUUGUUUCGCUGAUUCAGAAACAGGAGAUGUUAGAGCUCAUCGAAAGUCACCAACAAGGAAAAGCUUUCUAAAAAGUAGAUGACAACUGCAUCACUGUAAGUGAUCUAAAGAUAAAGAUGACUAAAUGUCACACAGAUUUCAGUAGAUGUCUGGGAGGCAGUGGCACGAUUUGAAAAAUACUCAGCGUUACUGUAAAUCGUACAUGAGUCAGACACAUAUAAAUGCUUUUAAUAUCGUUUCAUUUAAUAAAACGAUUAUAAAGUAUCCAACCAGGAGAAGCCAAGUGAGAGUGUUUUACUGGAUGGCUCUCAACAACACAGCCUCUGUUAUGUUGUGCUUUGUCUAGACCAUGCUUCACCCACACAGCUUGUUUUAACACUGGCAGGCUCCAGCUUUCUCAAUCUCCACCCUCUGGCCCCCGUCUCUCCCUGAAGUACAAGGCUGAUCUUCCAACAAGUGCCUGUCUCUCAUGCGUGUUUAGAUUGUUCUUCAGUAUGAAUAUUAUGAGGUUUUACCCACUGUGCUACCUGGUGCACCAAUAAGAAUGUCAAUAAAUGUACAAUAAACUGUAUUUAAAUAUAAGUUG